AUGACAGACCCGGAGAGGAGAAGCUCCUUUUGCACCUCCGAGUUGCCGUCUGCUGUCAUGUCUUUUGAUUCCGUCUUUGAAAUCAUGCGUGUAGGUCUUAGCUCUGAAGAUUUGCGCUCUUUCUGUAGAGCUAGAUCGUCGGGGCCUGCGUUCAAGACGGUAGAGCCACAAGUGGAUCAUUCCUCUGAGCGACAGAAGGCCCAGCAAGAUCGAAAGAAAGAGAAGAGAAGACUGAAGAAGAAGCAGUUGAAAGAAGAAAAGAAAAGGAAGACAGAACAAGCAAAAAAGGGUAAGACAAUUGAUUCGCCUCUGGAUAGCGGUGAGGUCAAUAUCGGCAACACACAACACCCAUUCUCUAAUAACGCGACUAUAAGCUCUAAGCCUGUUGUUGAUGAAGCUCCACCCAGUUAUAGCGGCCUUGCCGCUGGUUCUCUUGAGACGUCUAAUGCAGAUACAUCCUCGAGCCAUACAGUUCGUCCCUCAAGCCAGAAAGGGGAAGAACAUGAGGAGCAGAAUGAGCCUUCUUCGAUUUAUGAUGAAACCGGCCCUGUCAUCUGUCACUUGCACGGUCGGAAUAUAUGUCAAUUUAACUUCAGCUGUUGCGUGCAUAAGCCCACUAUUGACUGCAACUGUCCACCUAAGUGGUCCUGUUGCUGCGCUCAUCACUCAGGAGAUUGCUGUAAUUGUGUCUUUGCUUCUGGGUCUUCUUAUCUCGAUGAACAUGCCUCAGAGGCGCCAUCAGAUGGUUUUAGACAGACCUCAGAGCAAGAGACCAAGGAAAAGAAUGUAGUGGAUGUUGGUGUGGGAAGUAGUGAAGCUUCAUCCGAACACCAUACUAUCGCGACCGAAAUACUCCCCAAUAGAUUCGAUCCACUCUCAGAACACCUGCUUCACUGCCUAGAAGCGAGUGAGUUCUCCGACUCCCAGAUAAUAUUGAGAUCCUCCAAAGAUAUCUUCAUGCCCAUAGUCUUCAAAACACAUCGUGUGGUGAUCAGCCGUAGCCGUUUCAUGGCCGAUGUCUUGGGGUCGACGAUCCAGAAAGAGCGUCCUAAUGAGAUUGUCGCCGUGGGAAAUGAGAAUUUCUGUAUGAUCAAAGGCUUUGAAUAUGCGCUGCAACACUUGUAUGGGAGGCCACUCCUAACAGCAGGACAGCUCAGAUUGGCGACUCUGUCCACCUAUGGAUACUCGGAGAACAAUGUGGGAAAAAUACAAUUCUCACUCAUGGCGGCCAUGGUAGACUUCGCCCUGUGCUAUGCCGCAUCUGGGGCCUUCUUUCAACAAGAGGCAGUCAUCGAAACGGGUAUCAGACUAGCCAUUGAGCUAAUCGACUGGGAAACAGUCGAAUGCAUUCUCUAUUUCGGAGUUUGCACGACAAGACCGGUUGUUACCCUCGACCAGACUGGAGAUUAUGAUGCAGCAGAAGAGCUGCAAAGAUGGGCUCCACGGCUAGUUAGUUCGGUUCUGCAGUUCGUCACCAGGCACAUGGGCAUGGACUUCACACUGUACACCAAGGCGCAGAGUAAGACUCUGCCGAAUCGAAUCCCAGAAAGCCUGCAUGGAGUCCCGGGUCCAGUGAUCACUAGUCCUCGAUCGUAUACGCCUCGCCAGGGAGAAAACCCGAACCGAGAUGUUGAAGUGCUUUCUGCGAUGUUGAUCUACCUUCCGUACAAGCAGCUAGGACAGAUGUUGGAGGCCAUGGAAGCGCAGAAUAUUUUAUCGAGUGACCUCGCCCAGGCGGUAGUAGCAGAGCGCGAGACACGCCGCUUGCAAGCCCUCAGAGCCCUUGCGAAACAGGGGGUCAAAGACGAGCUGAGUGCUACCGAUGAGGUUCGAGAGCUGGGAUAUCGAGAGACGGUCACUAUUGGAGAAGUGCAGGGCCCAGGUAUUACUCUCAACAGGGAGUGGAUUGGUCUGGCUGUUGUGGAAGAGACAGUCGCGACACCCAGAGUCAAACGAGUGGUCAAGAAGCACAAGAAGCACAAGCGUAAGAGGAUGAUGAUUAAGGUGGCGGUUGGGUAG